AUGUCCGCCUCCUCCACCAUGAACCCCGCAUCCAGCAGCUCCCGACCACGCCCAUACAGACGACCUCCAUCCGUCCCGCUUCAGACGCGGCUGCCCCUCCAAUUCGUCAUCGUAGGCGGGGGCAUAUCCGGCCUUGCUUGUGCCAUCGGUCUCAGGCGCGUUGGACAUAAUGUUCUUGUAUUGGAGAGCGAAGCCGACAUCAGCCACGCCGCCGACUUCUCUGGUGGGAUGAGAAUGCCUCCAAAUAUGACCAAGAUCUUCCACCACUGGGGUCUGAGUGACCGGAUUGACAACAUUAGCCUGGUUACGGAUGCCGUUCUCAUGUCAAAAUUGGGAGACGGGGACAUUCUAGGGUCUCAUAGAUGGGUCGCCGAGUUGUUGAAGGAAGCAGGUGGUGAAUUCGCAGCCGUUCCCCACGCGACACUACGGGAGACCCUCUAUGAAAUUGCCACAGAGCUGGGCGCUACUGUGCGGACGAGUUCAGAAGUCCUGUCUGUUAACCCUGAUGAACGACGAGUCACGUUUGUUCGUGGUGGCAAGCGCGAAUAUUGCCUGGCGGAUGUUAUAAUCGGUGCAGAUGGUGCUCAUGGGUUAUGUCGAGUGCAAGUGCAGGGACUUCUCGACAUCGGUAAACCGAUGGGCCUCAUGAUGUUCAGUUCCGUCAUUCCGGGUGCUGCAAUGCGUGCGGACGAAGAACUACGGCAGUUUCUGGAUAACGAAGUGUCAUCCCAGUAUGUGUGGUUCGGAGAUAGCCAUUGUGCUUUGUGUUUCCGAAUAAACGCCGCGGGCGACUGUGCUUUCUACUUCUAUGCUCCAGAUGAUGGGGCGAGAGACGUUUGGGACGAUAUCGUACCGACAGAAUACUUCGUUCGUCAUACCGUCGGUGCGGAACCCAGGUUACGAAAACUCGCCAGACUGUCAACUCCAAGACGCAUCAAAGUCGUGGAACGAGAAACUCUGGAGGACUGGGUGGACGAUUCGGGACGAAUGGUCGUCGUUGGAGACGCGGCCCACCCAUUUCCUCCAGGUGUCAUCCAAACAUGGGCCAUGGCCCUCGAAGACGCCUCCGUACUAGCAAAAUUAUUCAGCCAUCUACGCACACGCGAUCAGAUCCCAUCAUUCCUUUAUGCUUUCCAAGACCUACGGCAAGCUCGGGUCAAAAAAAUUCGUGAACUCGAUGUGGACAAUAUCCAUUUCAUGACUAUGCCCCCGAGCGACAUGACGCGUGGGCGCGAUGCCGCCAUGCGAGCCAAGUACGACGAGGGAAAGGACGUACUCGGUGGCGACGACAGCGACGAUGACGACGGGAACGUGGCACAGUGGGACGACAAUAGGGAGAUUUUCGGCUACGACGCGGAGGACGAGGCGGACAACUGGUGGGUGGAGUGGGGGUUAUUGAGGGAACGUGCCAGGGAGGGAAAGGUCGAGAUGGAGGUCGAGCUCAAUAUACAAGCCACGGAAGAUAUUGCUUUGACAUCCUCCCAGCAGCACGUGGACGAACGGGCAUCGUAGAGGACAUUUUACUCGCCGAUAAUUCGUCUUUGGUUCACAGGUAUUUCAUCUAAAAUCUAUACCCCAUACUUUCUCGCUUGUGGUCUUCAGUAGCUCCAUCAGAAGACAUUUCUGUGCGUAUCAGGAAUAGUCUCUUCCCGACACCAUAUGGCUUGACAUUAU